AUGAUACAAUAUUAAUUAGGCUAAUAUCACACCACAUGAUACAAUGUUACUGUUAAUUCAUAUUAUAUUAAACGUAGGCCUAUAGCCUCAAUCUAAUGACCACUGGUUCCCAAGCUAAUUAGGCCAUAGGUUAUGUUACAAUCUGGAAUUGCCUAUAGCCUAGUUUCUCCGUGGGAAGGAUAGCCUAAAUAUUAAAUUCCCUUUCACCACGUCUACUAUGAAGAAGGAUAACAAAGCAAUGGGAUUUCAUUGCACAUUUCGAACUGUUUGUGGACUACAAACGUUAUCCGUAGGCUAGGCCCAUCUAUUCACAACUGAACGGUUUUGGAGUCAUUCUAACAAUGGUCACACACAUCUUUGCUGUGUGUAAUGGAUAGCCAGCCAACAUCUUGGAGGGCGGUAUGGCGGGGGUAGCGAAUAGAACGUCUACAGGCUAUGUCAUUUUUUUUUAGAUCGGCAACAUGGGCUUGGCGUCUCUCAUGAUCAUCCAAACGUUUAAUAUGGCUCAUUAUGCACCAUAAAUUCUUUCCUCCACCGCUAUCGGUUCUCUUACAUGAUUAGCCAACGAGAAGAUAAUAGGACAACCACUGUCUUUCCCCCGGAAACUGGACCCAGAAUGAUAGGUGAAUUUUAGAACAAAAAAAUGUAAAGCAUUUUCAGUAUCUAGUGAAUUACGUUGUCUAAAUUGUGUAUUGUGAGUCGCAGAACUUAUUCACGGACCAAUCAAUUAUUCCAGGCUACUCGCCGUGCUCAGAAGGGGUAGAAUGACAAGGACGGACUGACUCUGAGGGAGAAAGGGGUGGGGAAUUGACAUUAAAGCAACACAACAAGGAAACUACACGGCAGACACAGACGCCUUCAUUUUAUGUUUUUGAAUAAUAGCUAGCUUGCUUGCUGGCCAUCAUGGCGAAUUGUGUUCAUUAAAAGUGUCCACAUCAUACAUUCGAGUGCCCGAAAGAAAGCCACAGUCCCGGAACGAACAGAGUUGCAAGUUUUAAAUCGCUCCCCGAAGAUAUCGCGGAAUGGGUUCGGAGCCACCCUCAUCUCCACAGUUGCUGGAGGAAGGAGGAGAGGAGGAGGAUGAGGAGCUGAGCGGAGGAGAAGAGUCGGACCUGAGGGCGUCCUCGGGUCGAGGUUCCCUUCUGACCCGGCGAGGCAUCACCCUGAGGGUGCUCCUAAAGGACGGUCUGGUGGAGCCUGGAGACGGGGUGCUGUCUAUCCACUACCUGGGCAAGAAGUUUGUGGGAGAUCUACUAUGUGAUGGCAAGAUCCGCUGGGUGGAGACCGGGCAGAUCUUCAACUCCCCCAGUGCCUGGGCCACUCACUGCAAGCGGCUGGUCAACCCCGCCAAGAAGUCUGGCUGUGGGUGGGCAUCGGUGCGCUACCGCGGGCAGAAGCUGGUGCAGUACAAGACCAGCUGGCUGCACAAGUACCAGCCCAGCGCUGAUUUGAAUCUGGCUAGUGAAGGGGAGGAGGAUGAUGAGGAUGAGGAGGAAGACAUGAGCCUGAUACAGAGGAGGGGAGACAGAGACAGAGUUCCUGUCAGAUAUUGUAACCUGGGUAUGAGAGAUGCUGCAAGGGACCCCCAUACAUUAGUGGAGCUGUCUGCCUUCUCUGCCAUCAACCGAUUCCAACCCUUUAACGUGGCGGUGUCCAGCAAUGUGCUUCUGCUCAUGGAUUUCCACUGUCAUCUGACUACCAGUGAGGUUGUGGGGUACUUAGGAGGACGAUGGGACACUAACACACAGUUGCUAACAGUCUUGAGGGCCUUCCCAUGCCGGACGCGAUUGGCUGACAGAGAUGCUGCACCUGCGGUUGAGGAGGAGAUUUGUCAAAACCUGUUCAUGCGCGGGCUCUCUCUGGUGGGCUGGUACCACAGCCACCCCCGAGGUCCGGCCCUGCCCUCGCUGCAGGACAUCGACUCUCAGAUGGAUCAUCAGCUCCGGCUGCAGGGAAGCAGCAACGGCUUCCAGCCCUGCCUCGGCAUCAUCUGCGGACCCUACUACCAUGGAAACCAGGGAGUGGCCUCCACCAUUACACCCUUCUGGGUGGUGCCCCCUCCUGAGCAAAGACCCAAUGACUACGGCAUUCCAGUGGCUGUGGAAGUGACCUACGUUCAAGAUAACUUCCUGACCAGCGACGUUCUCAAUGAAAUGAUGCUGUUGGUAGACUUCUACCGUGGAGCCCCAGACCUGGUGCAAUUCAGUCAGCACUGGAGUGCCGACACUACAGUUAUGGAGAAAAUUAAGGGUUCUAUGAGCGGCCACGCGCCCAAGGACCAGGCCUACGCUCAGAUCCUGGAACACGUCUACAACCAGCUGAGUGGCGCACACUAACUAACUACAACCACAACCAGAGAGCAAGCGUGUGGAUGUGGUGCGAGGGAGACAGUUUGGACUCCACAGCAGAUCCUGCUACUCAAGCUCAUCCUCAAAGUACCUUUUCUAAGUGGACCACACACAGGCACUGACAUGCGUGUGCCGAACCAUUCGGUCACUUUGCCCCUGCGCACACUGGCGUUGAAAUCUUCAACUGACAAGCAUUAGUUAAACAGUGGAUUUUAUUGAGUGGUGCAGACAAAAAUAGAAAUGGUCAUAAUUGACACAGCAGCAGCAGCAGCGAAAGGGUUCGGUGCUGGUUUCCGGCGUUGUAUUAGAAACAAUGGAAUCUAAUCGAACGCCAAACAUGGAGUGUACCACACUCAUGUUGGUGCCAGUGUGCGGUGCACUUUAGUCUGAAGGGUGCCCUGCCUUCCCAGGACCUGACUGUAGAACUACAGGGCUGUAGGCUUCCAUUUGGUAUUCUCUUUUGCAUCUAGGACUGUUAGGUCUGUAUCACUGAUGACGUUUCUAGUUAGUUUGUUACGUAAAUGUACUGUAUGUUACACUUUGUUGGGUGUGGAGGACAAUGUUGUCGGCCUGUUGAUAAAGCAGAGGGGGAUUGUGGGUCGACGGCGUCUUCCUCCGUAGGUUGCAGCUGAUUCUGGAACAGAUCUGAGCCUAAUCCAAACCAGAUCCAUUCCAAAGGAACCAUGUUGGGUUCCGUAUCCUGUCAGAAAGCUGUUGUUUGUCCAUUUUGUGUGUGGUUGAACUGUGCCAUGUGAAAGCUGAUGACGGGAACAAUGCCUUUAACCUGCUGAAUACCUUAAACAUAAAUAUACACUGGAACAGUU